AUGACUUCACAUGACCUUCUUGUAGGCCUGUGCAAACUUCUGACUGUCUUGGCCUCCUUGAAACUUGCGAUGGGCGCUCUGUUGGCUACGGUACACGCAUCGCUGCGCGUCACGCGCACCUUACCUCCGACAGAAUUGUUUUUCGGGGAUUAUGACCUCGCAACGGAUUUUGCAGGCUUCCAGUCUGAACCUGCCCAGCCUUCUAUUGCGAUUUUCUCCCCUCACCAGGAGAUCCCGGUUCACGGAAGGAGGGAUUUUCCCCAUAUCUUCCUUCCCGAAAACGAUCACGCUAGUAUUGUGUCCUUUGUUCAUAAGGCUGUCUACGUGCAAAUUAUGCUUUCCUCUCAACGAAUGGCGCAAACCAUUCAUCUCAAUCCGGGUUUAGCUUGA